CAUUUCUCUAUAAAAGAAAGAAAGACAAUGGGUUGUACUACCAUUUGCCUAAACCAAUAAGCUACAACGGCGGAAACGAUGUACAACUGGUUAUUACGCUGUGCUUUGUUGCUGGUGGCUUGUACAUUAAGCUGUCAAUUAGAAUGCCCAUUUGCAAAGAGACAAUUGGCAUUUGCGGCCUCAAAUGCUAUUAGUUCCGGAGCGCAUGCAUAUCCUGAGUUUCCGGAGGCAGUUGAUUUGGGACAUUUGCAACAUGGUGGUGCCGACUGUGGCAAUACUUUUGGUACAUAUGACGACAAUAGUUUAUUACACCACUCACUUGAUAAUGAGGUGAAAUUCGAAUGCGCUGUCCCACCUCAACAAUGUGCCAACGAUUCGAGCAACUUAUAUUAUCGUACCUUUGAUGGAUCUUGCAAUAACUUGGCUUAUCCUGGUUACGGAAUGGCCAACUCCAGAUAUGGACGUUAUUUAAAACCAAAAUAUGGCGAUGGCAAAUACUCACCAAGUAGAUCGCAAUCUGGCGAAGCUUUACCAAAUCCAAGAUUAUUAUCCUUAGCCUUGUUCGGUGAUGACACAGUUGCGGAUAAAUCGCGCACUAUGUGGACAAUGCAGUGGGGACAAUUUGUUGGUCACGAUAUUAGCGAACAGUUGGAAUCUAAUGUGGAUGACUGCUGUGAAAAUUCUCAUAGCAAAUUUUGCUACACCAUACCGUUACAUGUUUAUGGUCCCAUUACACUGGGUACGGGCAGGACAUGUUUGCAUUUCGCACGUACUCUUAGCGACAAAGAUGUUCCAUGUUCACUGAAUAAUUUGGGUUAUGCCGAAAAAUUGUCCAAGCAAACAGCCUUUUUAGAUCUUUCUUCAGUGUAUGGCAAUUCCCUGGAACAGAGUAUCAAAGUGCGUCAUUAUCAAGGUGGCCUGUUGCGAACGGUUUGGCAUAAUCAUCAACAAUAUUUGACCACGACGACAAAUGCAAAUGAAGAAUGCCAAAAAUAUGUUGAAGCUUGUUUUCGCAUUCCUGAUAUACGAAAUCAGCUAUCGCCAACUAUAACAGUUUUACACACGCUUCUGGUACGAGAACAUAACCGAUUGGCCACCAUAUUAGAGAAAUUAAAUCCACAUUACUCGGAUGAAAGCCUUUUCCAAUUGGCCAGGAAAAUAAACAUUGCCCAGUAUCAAAAGAUCGUCUACUACGAUUGGCUGCCUUUAGUUUUGGGUUCUGACUUUGCGUAUACACACGAUUUAGUCCAUGAUGUGAGGCCAUAUGAUUAUGUUAACGACUAUGAUCAAUCAUGGACACCAGCAGCAUAUGCUGAGAGUGCUGCAGCUGCGUUCCGUUAUGCCCACACAACGGUACCGGGAUGGUUUUCAUUGGUUGCACCUGACUUCCGGCAUAACAAAACCCUUCGUUUGAGCGACUAUUUCAAGCACCAGGAGACCCUUUCUCUUGUGCAAACAGGCAAUAACUUCGAUGACAUAUUAAGAGGUCUGCAACUACAAUGGGAAAAACGUGCAGAUCCUAAUAUUGAUAAGGAAUUAAAACACUAUUUUGGCCGAAGACUUCUCGAAGAAUAUGGCUCAGAUUUGAAAUCUAUCGAUAUACAACGUGGCCGAGACUUUGGACUAGCCAGCUACAACGAUUAUCGUGAAGCCUGUGGUCUACCAAGAGCAAACUGUUGGUCUGACUUUGAACAUGAAAUUGCUCCAGAAAAAAUUGCUUUGUUACAAAAAUUCUAUGCAUCACCCAAUGAUGUGGACUUAAAUGUUGGGGGUGCUUUGGAAAGACAUUCUGCAGAAGGCAUUUUUGGUCCCACAUUCCAGUGUAUUUUGGGCAGACAGUUUGUUAAUUUACGAAAAUCUGAUCGUUUCUUCUUUGAACACUUCGAACCACAUUCAGGUUUUACAAGAGAGCAAUUGGCGGAAAUACGAAAAGUUAGCUUAGCCAGUCUGAUCUGUGCUAACAGCGCUGGUCUAAGACAUGUCCAAUCCAAUGUUUUCCUGCAUCCAAAUGAAGAAAAUGAAUUGGUGACUUGUAAAUCAAUAACUCAAUUGAAUCUAAGACUUUGGCAAGAACAUGGUGCUUAUUAGUAAAAAAACUUUAUUUUAUAUAAUUGUAAAAUCCUUUU